AUGUCGCAGAAAGAGCUAAAUGAGCUACGUAAGCGUCUUGAAGAAGCAGAACGACGACAAGAGGAAGAACAACGACGACGAGAAGAAGCGGAACGACGACAAGAGGAAGAACAACAACGGCAAGAGGAAGAACAACGACGACGAGAAAAAGCGGAACGACGACAAGAGAAAGAACAACAACGGCGAGAAAAAGCGGAACGGAACUUAAACCUCAAAAUACUGCAAACUCGAAAUACAACACUCCCCGAAUUUCUUAAUGCGUGCCACAAACAUCUCUUCCUCGGUCUCACUAUUCAGAAAGACAAGAAGUCAUCAACAAAGGGUGAUCCUGCCAAUGCAGACCGCAAGCUGCGACCAAGCAGAAUCCAGAAAUGA